UCCGGAGCGAAUUAGUCAUUGCAACCCCCGCUUCUCAAUCAGAACCGGCUUGCGCUCGCCCGUUCGUUAUCCCGACCCACUCUAGAGGCAGUCAGCCCGACGUCCCUGCUUGCACUUGAAAUUGGCUUGAACCAGGAGCUCGGCCAAGUAGCGAGGUCCAGCUUGAAGCUUGAUCCCGAAGGCGGCACUUUUCGAGCGCGGAGAAACAAAGAGCCACUAACUAGCCAACUUAUCUGGUUCGGACUCAACCACCAACCACCAACGACCGCGUCCACACACUUCAGCUCCCUUUUUUUUUGCAAAAUCAAUCAUCUAGCCCAAAUCAUGGGUAUGUCCAAACUGUCAUCUUCUUUCCUAUCAGUGACCGUUGUCUCCCCACCUGCUAUGGGCAUGGACUCGAUUUCUCUUUAAAUCAAUCCCGUUUCAUCACCAUCAAAUUAGUUAGCUACGUCAUAUCAAGGCCUCUGGCUGUCGUCUUCCGUGCUGGAGUCACGGAACGAUUCUAACAUCAACCUUGCCAUUCCUUUCAUUUUCCUCGAUUAUUAGAUUCACAAGACGAAGGACAAUAAUUGACGAGUGUUUUUUCUUUUCUUUUUUCUUCUCUUUUUCCUUUUAAUUCCUCUCUUUGGAGGGAUAACAGAGGCGCAAUCCGAAACGGAUACGCUGUUCAAAGUCAACUCACCUGCUCCUACCUGACGUUAUUGGCCGUUAGCUAGGGCUAAUUUCCAAUCGCAAUUUCGCCGUCACGGCUCCUUCUUUUCCUCUACGUUCUGGAGCGCUCUAUUUCUGAUGCCGACUUACCACGAACCUGAUCCGGCGCCCGGUAACGGGUCGAUCGGCCCUAACGAGCACACUGGCCUGCUUAACGGUCACGAUUCAAGCCCCCCGCCGUCGGUUUUCAAUAAACUAAUGUGGUAUCGAAGUGACCGUCGGGUCUGGGUGCGUCUGCCAUCUGAGGCAUUUUAUCUGAGUUACGCUACUUUGGUUAGCAACUAUGUGAAUAUCUUGUUGGUUUUAGUGCCUCUGGGUAUGGCUUCAGGGGCGGCUGGAUGGAAUCCUACUGCUACCUUUAUUCUUAACUUUUUCGCCAUCAUUCCUCUUGCAUCGCUGCUGAGCUUUGCGACGGAGGAGUUGGCCGCAACUCUUGGUGAAACCCUUGGUGGACUUCUGAAUGCGACUUUCGGCAAUGCAGUGGAGCUUAUUGUCAGUAUUAUUGCGCUUCAAAAGAACGAAAUAAGAAUCGUGCAAGCUAGCAUGCUCGGCAGCAUUCUAUCCAACAUCCUUUUAGUCUUGGGAUGCUGCUUUUUCAUUGGUGGUAUCAAGCACCAUGAGCAGACAUUUAACUCAACCGUCGCUUCAACAAUGUCUUCUCUGAUGGCAGUAGCUUCGGCGUCGUUGAUUAUCCCCGCGACACUUUACGCCGCUCUAGCUGGAUCCAAAUCUGAUCCUCUGGGCAACAUCUUGAUUUUGUCGCAUGGAACGGCGAUAAUCUUACUCAUUGUGUACAUUAUGUACUUGUACUUCCAGCUAAAAUCCCAUUCGGAUCUCUUUGAAAGCCGUUCCGGAGCCGCCCUGGAAUCUCAGGAUCACCAAGUGGAGGAGACGAACGACAAUCCACAAAUUCUCAACCCAUGGGCCGCUGGAAUUCUUCUACUAGUGGUCACAGUGACCGUUGCAAUUUGUGCGGAGUUCCUCGUUGGUACUAUCGAUAAUAUUGUUGAGUCUGCAAACAUUAGUAGGACAUUUAUCGGUCUCAUUCUCAUCCCAAUUGUGGGCAAUGCUGCUGAGCACGUAACUGCCAUUGUGGUGGCUUAUAAAAACAAGAUGGAUCUUGCAAUUGGAGUUGCCAUUGGCAGCAGUCUUCAAAUCGCGCUCUUCGUUACACCUUUCUUGGUUAUCCUGGGUUGGAUCUUCAAUCGCGAUAUGACACUCCACUUCCAGACAUUCGAGACGGUUGCAUUCUUCGUAUCCGGAUUGGUGGUCACCUUGCUCAUCCAGGAUGGAAAGUCAAACUAUCUUGAAGGGGGUUUGUGUCUCGGAAUGUACGUGAUUAUUGCCCUUGCCUUCUACGUCUAUCCGGACGACGCCAAGGAUAUUCCAUCUUGGUUCAAGACGUUUGCUUCCCCAGCUUAAACUCUUUAUAAAUCCUCCUUCUCAUAGCCCUAGGGGCGUCCUGUCACCACGACAGAAAUUUUCAUAUCAUUUUUUCGUUAUCAUAACACUAAGUCCUGACCUGGAUACCCUUCGUUUGCUUCAUUAUUUCCUUGGAUGGUGAGGUUUUCUGAUUUUCUCGGUAUUUCAUUUCUUUUGCCCUGUGGGUGUGGAAAAGAAGUUCUUAGUAGUUAGGUCAAUAUUGGGAUAAAAAUAGUGAAAGGGUUUGGUGUAACUGCUAGCUAUAGCAAGGACAGAAUUUCAGGUUUCCUUUUUUCUUUUUUUUAAUUAUUAUAAUAACAAUACACAUCAUCCACCAUACAU